AUGGCAUCUCCCCCUGGUCUAGAACUGAAGAUACUGAGCAAUGGUCCCCAGGCCCCAAGGAGGCCGGAUCCUCUGGGCCCAGUGACCCCACCCAGGGAGGGUGUGGCGAAUGCUUGCUUCUCCUCAGAGGAGCAGGAGACCCAUUUCCAAAACCCCAGGGACACCAGACUGGGCAACUCCCCCAGUCCCCUGGGGGGUGUCUCUUCACUACCCCAAUCUCAGCGGGAUGAUCUGUCCCUGCAUUCAGAGGAGGGGCCAGGCCUGGAGCCCGUAAGCCGCCCAGUGGAUUAUGGCUUUGUUUCUGCUCUGGUUUUCCUGGUGAGUGGGAUCCUCCUGGUGGUGACAGCGUAUGCCAUCCCCCGCGAGGCCCGAGUCAACCCGGACACAGUGACAGCACGGGAGAUGGAACGACUUGAGAUGUACUAUGCUCGCCUGGGCUCCCACCUGGACAAGUGUAUCAUCGUGGGCCUGGGGCUGCUCACGGUGGGCGGCAUGCUCUUGUCGGUGCUGCUUACGGUCUCCCUGUGCAAAGGCGAGCUGUAUCGCCGGCGGACCUUCGUCCCUGGCAGGGGCUCCAGGAAGACCUACGGUUCCAUUAACCUGCGCAUGAGACAGCUCAAUGGGGAUGGGGGCCAGGCCCUGGUGGAGAACGAAGUUGUCCAGGUCUCAGAUAUUAGCCACACUCUCCAGGGGUCUUAAGUAAGAGCCCCCUUUAUCUCGAUGCUUUAGCUCCAGGGCUACAAAGCCCCCAAAGUCCUGGGGUUUCAAACUGAGCUCCACAUAAGGUCCUGUAGAAGGAGCCUUGGGUGCUGGAGGGGGAGUCCAAGACCUGACCCAGGCCCCACACAGGUGAGCAGCUUGCUGAUCUGUUUCGUAGUUUGAGGUUUUGCAUAAGGUUUUGUUUGGAGGAUGGCUUCUGCUGCUAAAAAUACAACAGUUUGGAAAUCAC